AUGAGACAGUAAUUAUUCACAAAUCCACAGCCAUAAAAAUAAUAUAUAAUUCCAUAGCAAUUACAUACUUUUUACUAAACACCAUAUUAAUCCAAUACGUAUAGAUCCCCAUAACCUGCAUUUGUAAUUUAUAGAAAACCACAACCUCAAUAAUACUAAUAUUAAUAUUAAUCAUAUUUUCAAGUGAAAUAGCCUUAAUCAAUCUAAACUAUCCAAUCUUAACAAAUUUACUAACCUAGUCCAGUUAGAUAAUAACGAAAUUCUAUUCAUUAAUAGCAAAUCCAAACUGGUAAUUCUAUCAACCCUUAAAAUCCUAAUAAUUAAAGGUAAAUCUAUCCAAGUAAUUCGCAAUUAUAGUAAGCAUUGCCAUAACUUGGUCCUAGAUAUUCAGUACGAAAGCCUCAAACUUAUAUAAUUCCUAAUCAAACUGCUCAAUAAAUUUUUCCGUAACAAAGCUAUCAAUAACAAGAACAACAACAGAAACCAUAAUAACCACUCUAAAUUAAGUCUGUUUCUCCAGUUAUUACUUAAUAAGAAGAUGAGUUAGAGAAGAGAUUCUAAGAUGCCAUUGAUAGAACAAAAGAUUUGGUUCAUAAAUAUAACCCUGCAGAAUAAAAUACUUAACAAUAAUAGUAACAAUUAGUAGAAUUAGCAUUACAAUAUGAAGAUGGAUUUAUUUACAGAGGAUAAGGAUAUGAACCUGCCAUCAGAGAAGGUUUUGGAGUACUCACUGAUCAAUAUGAGAAUGAAGUGUAUAGUGGAUAUUGGAAAGAUAAUUAAUACCAUGGCCAAGGGAAACUUAUUAAUUUUUAAGUAGAACAAAUAUAAGGACCUUAUGAUUUUAGAGAUCUUGGAAAUAUAGAAAAUGGAUGGCUGAGUUAUGAAGGUACUAUUUUUUUAAUUAAUUUAGGUGAAUUUUAUGAAGGUAAAAUGCACGGAAAAGGAGUGCUACUUUUAACAAAUGGAGAAUAGUUUGAAGGGGAAUUUAAUGAUGGCAUGAUAAAUGGUUAAGGAAUCUAUUCCACUAGCAACAUGAAUGAUAUUAGAGGGAUUUGGAACGAUGGAAUAUUAGUUGAAUGA